AUCAUUGACAGCGUUGAUGCAUGCAUGAUCUCGCGAUGACUAUAUGCAUGCAGGCUUGGACUGCAGACAACUAUUCCAUUUAUGAUCAACUGCUUUGGUUAUAAUGAUAACGUGUGCCACAUUAUCCAUCAUUUCCCGUGGAAAAUGGUACAUGUAUAGCAUGGACAUCAGGUCAUCAUCCUUCAGAGUGUCUUGUAGAAGAACUAUUGUUGGUAAAAUCACGGUACAUUUCACCAUUCAUGGGAUAUACAAACGAAAAAGCUGUUUGAAAAACUAUAAUUGGAUAACUAUACGUGGAAAUCUUGCAUGGAUGUUCUCCAACUACGUUGACGCUGUAUAUGAAAUCGAACGAACUGAUAAAUUUUGUCGCUCCACAGACACAGCUGCGUUCUUUUGCUGGCUUUUGAACUUGAAAUGUAAGCAGUGCCAGUGGUGUUACAUGUCAGCGGUGUUGUUCAAAAGCGGAAAUACGAUGUGCACAGGAAGUAAAAGUGGUGUUGCUUUACCAAGAAAAAUGAAGCUUUACUCGGAAAAUAUUUAGUAAAUUUACAACCGGUCUCGUUUUCACGAUUAUGUAUUGUUGUAUACGAAAUAAAAUGUCUACAGUUGAAACAGCACACGAAGGGAUCUCUACGAUAAUAUUGUCUUGCUGGCACCAAAAUGUAUCCUUGUCCAGUUUGCGAUGUAAAAUUAAACUCAGUAGAACAACGACGAGCACAUUGUCGCGGUAAGAACCAUAUCAAACGUGAAGAAGCAAGAAAGAAGGCUGAAGAACUUGGAACGGACUUUGAUAGCACACCAGAUCACUGCGAUGUAUGUAAUGUUCCUCUUACCUCGAAAAUGACAGCAAUUGAUCAUUUUAAAGGCAAAAUGCAUCAGAAGAAGGUCAAAGCUGUUGAAGAACAACGUCAGGGAUUCAGAAACUACUGUGAGAUUUGCGAAGUACGUCUUCAAUCUUUAAAAGUUUCUGAAGCUCACUUUACUGGCAAGCAACACCACAAACGGGAACGAAAGACAAACUCUGUGAGGGGACAGGGAAAGAAGAUCCCGAUAGACAAAAAAUCUAGCAACUCUCGCACAAUCACGCCAAGAUCUGAUGAUUGUCUACCGAGUCAGAACAAUUUUGGGGACGUUUUUGAAGAAACGCCAAAGAAUUCUUCGUCUUGGGAGAAUCUAAAUUGUGACAAUGAUAGCGAGCCCAAAGAUCUACUCAGUGAAUUUAGAAAUCUUCUUAAUAGCAAGUCUCUCAACUCUCCUGACACCACAUCGAGUUCCUCUAGUCCUGAAAGUUCAACAGAACCCGUCUUUUCUUUUGAAAACCCUGUCCUAACAAUCUCAGGAAGACAACCAUCUAUACAAGCAAGUUUGCCACCGCCAAACGAGAUUAUUUCUUAUUUCAAUGGUGAGGAUGUUCCCACAACAUUGGGUAACUUAUGGGAAUCCCAGGCAAAUUUGCAGCAAGUAGACGAACCUCGCAAUCCUAAUAUAUUAUUUUCCAGCACCGAGUCCGAGAAUAUAUGUGCCCAAAGUAAACACCUGAUGCAAACACAAGCAGUAGUUUCUGUCUUAAAAGAAGCUGAUCAGGGAAUUUCAUCGGGCGAUAUUGCGACAAAAAUAGCAGAACUUUCGCCUAGCGAUGUGAACUUAAUAUUAAGUGAAUUAGAAAAGCAUCAUUUAGUCUCAAAGUCGGGUUAUGCUCCGAUAUUGUGGUCGUUAGUUAGACAUACUACGACGGAGAAUUCGUCCAUGCAGUCGAAUAAAACAUUGAAUGGAUUUUCCUAUCCAAAGAAAAUACCAGAACCAUCUCCUAAAACGGCUCUGCGUUUUCAAACAUCAAAAGAUGCUUACUUUAGUCAAAACGUAGGAAACCAUAUCUCAACAACCGAAGCAUAUCCCGCGUUGACGGCGGCCAUCUUGGCUUCUUGUCCAACGACGACGACACCAAGCGAAGGCGUUCGUCCACACGCGCAUGUUAUUGAGUCCAGUUACAUAAAUACAACAACAACUAGUGAUGUAGUCCAUCCCUAUACCCAUGUUAUUGAAUCAAACCUAGUAAAUUUGUUUCAACAAAACGGUUCACUAACUGUCCAUGAUAUUUUCACAAAGCUUAAUUUUCGAGACGAGGCGAGACUUCGUUUUAUAUUACAAAAUCUGGUCAAGCGGAACAUUGUGAAGAAAGAUGGUGAUCGAACAUGGCGAAUGGCGAGUCCAACGCGUGUCAAUGUAGGAGUUAUUGGCGGGGAACGAAAGCGAAGAAGUCCUGUUCAAAACGAGAGAAGUGAGAUAUCGAGAACACCCACACCUCCUAAAGAAAACGACCAUCGCCUUAAAAACGGUUUCCCGUCAACUGCGAAAGAAAACGUUCAUCGUGGCCUAAACAAUUACAAUGUCGCUUCCCCUCCCAAAGAGAACGACUUUCGUGUUUCAAACGGAUACAAAAUAAACGCAGCAAUUUCAAAAGAGAACGAGCAUUGUGUUAUAGUUCCAAGUGGAUACACCGCAUCUAACGUUUUACACCAGAAGAGCGACAAGUGCAAUGGUAUUUGGCAAGAUGAUUACGGAGUGAACGGUAAACCCGUUCCAAAUUCACACCAACGAAACACCAACAACAAUAACAGUAGAUUUUCCCCACCUUUACAUUUGAAUACCGAGGCAAGUGAGAUGUUAGAAGAUCUUAUCGUUACUAUACCGCAACCUUAUCAGAAGGAAUUAUACGAGAUUGCCAUGCAAGAGGAUACUGUUUGUUAUCUACCUUGUGGGACUGGCAAAGAACUUGUUAUCGCACAAGUUAUUGCACAUAUGGCGAUUUUGAACCCCACAAAACAAGCGGUAGUUAUUGUUCCUGAUAUUGUCAGUGCUUUAAACACGGCCCAAUUUCUUCGGAAGGAACUAGGUGUAAAGAAUAAGCAAAAGAAACUUAAUGUUGCACUCCAUGCCGGACAAUUGAAACAGUCGAACGGUAAAGUACAAGUUGCAGUUAUGACAUCUUCAACAUGUUUAGGUUUGCUGAACUGCGGAGCACUCUUGUGGAAAGAAGUUUGCCUGCUAAUAUUUGAUCAUGCAUAUAUGUGUUGCAAUGAUGAAGCAUCAAAGAAGAUUCUUCAUGAAUACUAUCUUAAAUCAAAGAUGGAUUUCCAUGGUGGACAUGUUCCGAAACUUCUUAGCUUCGUGGAUUCUUCAGCCGGACAGGAGAAUCUGGAAGGAACAUUGCGAACAUUUAGUCAUGUUUUGUCUUCCAUGGGUGAUAUUUACUUAUCUUGUGUCACAGAGGCAGUGAACGAGCUGAAUAAAGAUAAACAUGAAGCAAUGUUUGUUUGCGUCCAAACAAAUCUCACAGAAGAAGAAUCCAGGAUGUUUUUCUUGCUUGGAACUUAUCUAAACCUUGUAUUUGACAACCUUGCAGCCCAGUGGCAGCCAAUGAACAGUUACAGAGAACUGUUAAAGAUAUCUUUUAAGGAAUGCACGGUGAUUAGUGAGGCUUUUGUAAAGUUGAUUCAUUUAACAGGCCAGCCUCUAGAGAAACGUCUUCCUGUGUCAUGUUUGAAGACAUGGCGACAUUACCUGGCUAUCUGCGAAAUAAUUUUCACCCUAGUUGAAUGUGGAGAAGAUCUUGCUAAAGAAAUGUUGGUAAAUCUGACACAUGAAGAGUUUGGUUUCACUUGGGCGAACGACGUGGGACUGCCUGGCUAUGAAUUAUCUCGACAGCUCAUGGAGAAGGAGAUUCCAAACUGGGGUUCCAACUUGUUAAACCCUCGCGGCUCAGGAUUGCGCGACCUUCUUGACCAACUAAUGAUCAUCCAGUGGGAAAAUGCGCGUGUCUCGUCAGAACGACCGCUGGCUUUGAUCAUCGUGAAACUGAACAAGACAGCCAAGCUUUUGGCAAACUACUUGGCGCAAUGUCCACAACUCGCCAAAAGAAAUGUGAAAACAACAUUUAUUGAUGGUUCACGUUCUCAUCAUCAGAAGACAGUGCUCUCAGCAAUAAAGCGACGUCAGUAUCAAGUAAUUGUCUCAACAGAUAAUAUAGACCAAGAUGAGUUACCUCCAUGCGAACUAGUGGUUCUUCUUGAUCAACCUACUGUUGUGUAUGCUUUGGAGCAACUCCGAAGGAGGCGUGCUACGAAUGUCGUUGCCAUGUGUCGGGAUAAUGAUGGUGAAGAAGAACUAAAGGAACUAUUAAGAAGAGAAGAGUUAGUAGAGAAAGCAGUUACUGUGAUCAGAGUUGGUACUGGUUGAUAUAUAUGUACAGCGGGGGAUCAAUUUGCCUUUCAUCAUGAGGUAUUUGCAUUGUUACUAUAUGAACAGGAUGUUGUCAUUAAUUUAAAAUAUGUACAAUUUAAAGCUAAUCAUGUAGAAUUUUGGGACGUAGUAUAAGCUGCUUGUUUUGUUCCUUUGUCCAGGUAGUUAGACUAAAGCCAGUUGUUUAUACGAACGCAGGUACACGCGGGAAACGUUUAUUGCAGCAUCAGCAUCACUUGUGAGGUAACCAAGUUUAUAAAUAAACAAAAUUUAGUAUUACGUUCAGUUCAGAACGGAAUUUUGUCUGUGCGUGUACCUUGCGUAUGAAAACCGCGUUACUAGAAAACGGUCUUUGUCUUUGAUAAACACCUUGCACAGUAUACCUUGCACAGUACCUUGCACAGUAUACCUUGCACAGUGUUUUUUACUCGGUAUUGUUUGGUUCAAUAAAUAAUUGAAGGAAAAAAUCUAAAAAGGAUCCAUAGCAGUACUUUGCUACGGUGGGAACAUUUUCUUGAGAAAAAAUAAGAUGAUUUAGUAAAACCUGACACAUAUGCAGUCUUUAAGGGUUAUUGAUACUGUCAUCUGACUUUAAAAGAAAAAAAAUGAUGAAAUUAUAGAAGGUAUGGGAAAGCAAUGCAUUACAACAAAUGAACGCCAGUUCCUAAACCUUCUAUAUAUUUUAUAUUGUAAAUAGAAAUAUAGUAAAACUAACGUUAGACAAAGAGAUAUUUUAAGACGACUUGGUAAGAGUAUACAGUGUUUGCAUGGUUGGUCCAGGAAUUACUUAUAUAGUAUCAAUUUAUAUCGUAAAAUAUAGAUUUUAGAUUUGAAGAAAUUUCAAAAUAGCUUCAUUUCUGCAUAGCAAACAAUCGCAGCCAUUCGUUACUAAAUUACGAGCGUAUGGAGGUGAUUGGGAAUAUUGCGUAUUCAAUAGUCAAGUAUUUUCUCUUACAAAGUACGUCUUAGAUAUAUCUUAAUAUACAAGAGUAUAACUAUAAGUAUAACUUAAUAUUUUAGAGUUACUAAUGUACGGCGACCGAAAGCUGACAUGUAGACGUAGUGUUUUGUAUGUGACGAUAUUCCAUGUUUGUUAGAUUUACUUUAUUGUGGUAAUCAAUACGUUAAACGUAGUAAUUACCUUGUCUUGUUUGCCAGUUUGAGUAAUAAAUUGAAGUAUAAACAAAUCCAGUUUGAUUUUCCAAAUGUGGCCUUAACAAAACACUGAUACUGCCUUGCCUUAAACGAAUACACUAAAGGACAUCAAGGCAAGGACAAGGAAGUACGUCAUGAUGGCCAAAGACGACAAAGCUUGUACUGCAUGGAUUAAUUCACAGCACAAACGUAGGUGAAAAAACAAAUUGAUAUUUUCUCAAUAAAAUUUUUUUCACUGCUGUAUCUUUCAGAUUCAAAAUUAAGUUA